AUGGUAAUUAAGUAUGCUUAGAAGGUUACAUAGGGCCUCUAUGUGAAUAAUGUGAUAUUUAUGGAAGUUAUUGGGGAAUUAGUUAUUCUAAAAUUGGAUCUUAUUAAUGUGCGUAAUUUAAAGAAUUGGGUGCUUUAUUGUGGAAAGCAAUCUUAAUAGUAAUAUGGACUUUAUUUUCAAUUCGACUUGCCAUAAAAGGAGACUUAGAGGAAUAAACAAUAAAUGCUUUUUAAGUAGCUCUGA